AAUUUAUCGAGCCACACACAGCUCCAACCAAUUGUGUUUCAAGCCCUAGAAGGCCGCCGCACAACGCUAUCGAAGCCACCUUCGAGCCGCAGCCGCCUGCCGCUCGCAUAGCGUCCCCGCAGCCGGAGAUCCGGAGAGCGCCGCGCCAGCCAGCGGAGAGCGCGGGCAAGAAGCGGCGCAAUUCAUAUCAAGAAAUGGAGGACCAAGCCGCCGCAGCCGUCCUCGCGCACAUCGAGGACCAGCCCCACGCCUGCCUCGAGCGCCUCGAAGCGCUGGCCGCCAGAGGCAAGUUGCCAAUAGCCGCGCGAGGCGCGGCGUGGCGCCUCUUUCUACGAGCGGUCGACCCGCAGAAGCCGAAGUCGUGGCGGCGCGCGCUCGCCGACGACCGAUCGGCCUACGCGAAGAAGCGCGACGACGCGCUGAGGAGGCUGAAGCGCGUGGUUGAUGGUGCUGAGACCGACGAAGCGCUCGAGGACACGGCCGACCAGAUUCGGAAGGACUGCGAACGGUGCUAUAUUGAUGGAGCGGGCGACCACUUCGCGGAGGCUACAAGACAAAAAGCGCUCUUCGACGCUCUCUUAACCUGGCACUGCACGUCUGGAGAUUAUCGCCAGGGCAUGCACGAAGUCUUAGCGACGAUCUGGUGGGCGUUGGAGCGGGCGCAGGGCGCCGCGUCGCUGUACUGUCCGGCGCCGUCGUCGCCCCUGCACGCUCUGUUGCCGUCGGCGGACGACCUGGAAGCGGACGCCUUCUCGCUCUUCGCGAAGCUUGCGGCCGUCACACGACCGAUCUUCGACGGCUUCGACGGGAUGACGCCGUCGCCGCAUCGCCGGCCGCCGGCCGUAGAGCUAUGUGACGACGUGCAGGGCCGCGCGCUGGCGGCGGUCGACGAGGAGCUCCACGCGCAUUUGGAGAGACUCGAGGUCCUGCCGCAGAUCUACGCGCUGAGCUGGCUGCGGACAUUAUUUGGUCGCAGGUAUGUGGCCGACGACGUCUGCGUUCUGUGGGACGCGUUGUUCGUGGACACGGCGUGUUUGUCGUCGAAGAUGGUCGACGCCGCAUCACUCCUCGUCGUCUGGGACCGGUCGGCGCUGUUGCGACUCAACGCGGCGGACGACUGCGUCGCACGGCUGCUGCGGCCGCCCGCGGCGCCGGCGCCGCGGCUGUUGGUCGGUUUGCUGAACGAGAAGACCGGGCGGCGCCUCGUCGACGCGCUGCGGCGGCGCGCGGCCCUCGAGGACGUGCUGGGGCCCUCCGUCGUCGGCGCCGUGCUCGGCCCGCCUGAUCGCACGGCGUCGGGCCUGUCCGAAGAGGAGGACGAUUACGUCGACGCGGCGCUCGCGACGCUCUGCAUGAGCGGCGGCUCCAAUGUUGGUGGUUAAAAAUCUUGUACAGUGUUACUCAAUGUCGAAUACCUGACUAGGUAUUCGACAAGUGGAAAUUCGGG